CUUCGUCACUCAUCUCGUCACUGACAUCCUCCCCCGCGACCCAUGGGCACUUGGUAGACACUCCGACACGCUCUACCUUCUCAACCCAGCAAAGGAUGAGCCACCACGGACGCCGAGGACGCGGCCACGGGCCGACCGUGCAGGUCGUCGGCGCUGCUCCCGGCGCAAACAUUCCAGCCGGCGAGGAGGCGCCUUCCCUCACCGUCACCAUGCUCGGCGCUGGGCAGGAGGUCGGCCGCUCGUGCUGCGUCAUCCAGCACCGUGGCAAGACGAUCGUGUGCGAUGCAGGCUUGCAUCCGGCGUACCCUGGCCUGGGCGGAUUGCCGUUCAUCGACGAGCUCGACUGGGCGUCAGUGGACGCUGUCCUCGUCACGCACUUCCACGUUGACCAUGCGGCUGCCCUGCCGUACAUUAUGGAAAAGACCAACUUCCGCGAGGGCAACGGCAAGGUCUACAUGACCCACGCGACGAAGGCCAUCUAUGGUUUGACCAUGAUGGACACGGUUAGGAUCAACGACCAGAACGCGGAAUCUGGCCAGCUGUACAACGAGGCAGACGUCCAGGCGUCAUGGCAGAACGCGAUCGCCAUCGACUACCACCAGGACAUUGUCGUCUCUGGUGGUCUGCGAUUCACACCAUAUCACGCCGGUCACGUUCUCGGAGCAUCCAUGUUCCUUAUCGAGAUUGCAGGCCUCAAGGUCCUUUACACGGGCGACUACUCGCGCGAGGAGGACCGACACUUGGUCAUCGCCGAGAUUCCUCCCAUCAAGCCCGAUGUGUUGAUCUGCGAGAGCACUUUCGGCGUGCACACAUUACCAGAUCGCAAGGACAAGGAGGAGCAGUUUACAACUCUGGUCGGAAACAUUGUGCGCCGAGGAGGCAAGGUCCUGAUGCCCAUCCCCUCCUUUGGCAACGGUCAGGAGCUGGCACUCCUCCUCGACGAGUACUGGAACGAGCACCCAGAGCUGCAAGGUGUCCCCAUCUACUUUGCCUCAGGCCUCUUCCAGCGCGGCAUGAAGGUGUACAAGACAUACGUCCACACCAUGAACGCCAACAUCCGAUCACGAUUCGCGCGGCGAGACAACCCCUUUGACUUCCGGUUUGUCAAGUGGCUCAAGGACCCCAAGCGCCUGGACCACUCCCAACCAUGUGUCGUCAUGGCUUCUGCCCAGUUCAUGAGCUUCGGUUUGAGUCGUGAGCUGCUCGAGCAGUGGGCUCCCGAUCCGAAGAACGGUGUUAUUGUCACUGGUUACUCGAUCGAGGGUACCAUGGCACGAACACUGCUUGGCGAGCCCGACCACAUCGAGUCAUUACGAGGCGGCAACAACAUCCCCCGUCGGUGUACGGUCAAGGAGAUCUCGUUUGGUGCACACGUCGACUACAGGCAAAAUUCGCAGUUCAUCCAGGAGAUUGGCGCACCGCACAUUGUUCUGGUCCACGGCGAGGCGUCGCAGAUGAACCGUUUGCGUGCGGCUCUGCGCGACACGUACGCCACACGAGGACAGGAGAUCAACAUCCACACCCCGAGGAAUCUCGAACCCCUCACGCUCACGUUCAGGACGGAGCGCAUCGUCAAGGCCAUUGGAUCGCUCGCCGAGGAACGACCAGUGCACGGCGCUGAGGUCAAGGGCCUGCUCGUGUCCAAGGACUUCUCCUACACGCUCCUGGACCCCAAGGAUCUGCGCGACUUUACCGGUCUGUCAACAAGCACCAUCGUGCAGAAGCAGAGCUUGCCAAUUGGUGUCGACUGGAGCGUGGUCCGGUGGUAUCUCGAAGGCAUGUACGGAGAGGUGGAGGACGGAAAGGACGAGGAGGGCCGCGAGACGAUCACUGUCAUGAACGCCGUCCGUGUGGUCCGCAUCUCGGACAUUGAGAUCCAGAUGCAGUGGGUGUCGAACACGAGCAACGACAUGAUCGCCGACUCUGCGCUUGUCGUCCUCCUGGGCAUCGACACGAGCCCCGCGACUGUCAAGCUCACUGCGACGAAGAAGCACUCGCAUUCGCACUCUCACAGCCACGGCGAGGGCGAGGGCCAUGAUAACCACGAGGGCGAUGAUGAGCUCCGCGACGCCAACGCCGACUUCGAGACAUUGCACAUGUUCCUCGAGGCACACUUUGGCGACGUAACGCACCCCGAGACGCAGGUGGCCGAGGGUGACGAGGACAACCUUCUCGUCAUGAAGGUGACGGUCGACGGCGUCGUCGCGACUGUCGACCUGAUCUCGAUGAAGGUCGAGUGCGAGUCGGACGAGCUGCGAAAACGCGUCGAGGGCGUGCUGGAGAUGGCGCUCACGACGCUCACGCCGCUCUCGCGGCUGUUUGCAGGGCAGGGAAUAGAGCAGGUGGACGAGGGCACCGAGGUGGCAGCAGCAGCUUAGCAGUGUAUCAUGCAUUGAGUAGACGAUAUGAG